AUGGAUCCACGCACAACUCAUUCUGUCCUUUCCAAUGCCGUCUCGAUUAAUGCGGAAGACGAGGAACUCUUAGAGGAGACUUAUCCAACCAAUUAUAGCGAGCAGCAUGUCCACAAGGCCAUCGUAACUAUGAGCGCCCUUCAGGCAAAUGGCAGCACGAGGGAUUUCCUCGAAGAGAACUUCACCAACUGGGACGACAUCAUCAUUUACAAGUCGCCUACCCUGAAUCGGGACCAAGUACUGAAAUGGCCACGAGUGCUGAUACUGUCGUCUAAGAACGCGUUUACUUAUCCUGACUGCGCUAACGGCCCAGGGCUCCACUUCCAGUUUUACACCGCGUCGCGCAAGCUGCGCGACUUACGAUAUAAGAUGUUCGACGUGUUCGUCGUAAGCGACGAAUUAGCACCCAAUGGUAAACCCCAGCUGCUGUACAUGGGCACAUACAAUGAGAUCAUGGUGGGCAGGAAGCUCACAUUAAAGGGGUGGCGCGAGUCAUCGGAUAUAGUCAAGGCUUAUGCUGUCGAGCUUGAGUUAGCCCUGUCUCUACAGGAAAAUCCUACGGAGCCGGUGGAUGCAGCGUUGAUUCGGGAGAAAUUUGACAAUGGAGAACUCCAGCUCUCACUGCAUUCGCUCGAAUUCAGAUACGAUGGGUGCGGCGAAUGGCCGUGCGUUAAGAAAGCCACGGGGAUACAGGAUCGUUAUGAUAUCUAUAAUUAG